AUGACUGACGUUGAAGGUCUUGACUCUGUUGAUUCCUUUGCCAACAGAACAACUUCUCAAGUUCGUGAAGACAUCAAAUCUAUGCAAAGAGCUCCAGAUCCCAACAAUCCAAAUGCAACUAUCGGAAUCACUGCUCGCGAAGCGAUGACUAUCCAUCGUAUCUCAAAAUAUGGGAAGCUCCUCAUUUUGGUUCAGCGAACAUAUACACCAGCCCUUGGAACCAUCCCAAAUCUCCUUUGUAUUGGUCAAUUCUAUGAUGAAAAUCCGGAUCUCAUGGAAGGGGACUCCUACCCACUUCCUCCUCAUUCUCCAAAGAUGGAAAACAUUGAAAGUUGGGCUUGUACCGCCUACGGAUAUUGUGGAAUUUGCCUUGAUUAUAUUUUCCGUGAAAAUUCUGAACUUCCAGUUGUUGGUGACCCUGGUUUCCUCCGAGCCGACGACGGCUCUCGCUCCAUCAAAGAAGAACUUGUCCAAAUACUGGUGCUGUGUUCCGUCGCAACAACCAGAAAUUUUGGGUUAUGCUCCAUGCCGUCACACAUGAAACCGAUGCCUACAAUCAUGGGACAUUUCACAAAUGAACUCCAAGCUGCUGUCCGUGUCCUUGCAACACUUCACUGGAACGGUAAAGCUCGAGGCUUCACAUGGAAUACUUUUAUCAGUCGCCUUAUAGGAGCCUUCAACAACCUCAAGUUGAACCGUGAUCCACGCUCUGAUGCAAUUAAGGUUGACGUACUUCUCGAGAAAACUGUUGGAGAUUCCUCACUCUCUAAUGGAAGAUCACAUAUUACUGGAGAUGCCAUUCUCCGAUCCAAUUUCCAAGGUGCCAUCGAUUAUCUAACAACACAAGUUUUAGCUGCAGGUAACAACAACUUGCUGCUUUUACUCGUGGUGGUGGCAGACGCGGUGGUGAUGGGAGAAGUGGGGGUCGUGGCCAAGGAAAUGGCGCCUCAAACCGCAUGCAAUCAAAUGUUCCAGAUUGCUUUAGCCGCAAUGGUAUUCUACUAA